CUGAGGCUCAGGAAGGUUGGGAGAAGUUCCCGAGGUCACAGAGCUAGUAAGUGGCGGAGUCGUGACUCAAGCUCCGUUUGGGUCUCACCCACUGCGGGCCCCGGCGCCAGCCGGCACCCGGGCCAGAUGCGGGCGCAGCGGGCCCAGUCUCGAGCGUCCCCCAUUGACGAGUUUAGGAUUCGCGCGCCUGCCGCGGCUGGACUGGGGUCUCUGCCCCUCCCCGGGCGGUGGUCCGGUGACGUCAUUGCCUCUUUAAGACCCCCGCCUCCGCCCCCAUCCCCACACUCGGCCGGCUCCUACGAAUCCCUGCGGACUGCUUCGCAGCUCCUCUCAACUUCAACCUCAACCUCAUCAUGGCCUCUGCUGGCCUGCAAAUCCUGGGGAUCAUCCUGACGCUGCUUGGCUGGGUGAAUGCCCUGGUGUCCUGUGCCCUGCCCCUGUGGAAGGUGACCGCAUUCAUCGGCAACAGCAUCGUGGUGGCCCAGGUGGUGUGGGAGGGGCUGUGGAUGUCCUGCGUGGUGCAGAGCACGGGCCAGAUGCAGUGCAAGGUGUACGACUCGCUGCUGGCACUGCCCCAGGACCUGCAGGCAGCCCGCGCCCUCUGUGUCAUCGCCCUCCUCGUGGCCCUCCUUGGCCUGCUGGUCUACCUCGCUGGGGCCAAGUGCACCACCUGCGUGGAGGACAAGGAUUCCAAGGCACGUCUGGUGCUCGCCUCUGGGAUCAUCUUUGCCAUCUCAGCGGUCCUGACCCUGAUCCCCAUCUGCUGGACUGCCCAUGCCAUCAUCCAGGACUUCUACAACCCCCUGGUGGCCGAAGCCCAAAAGCGGGAGCUGGGGGCCUCCCUCUACCUGGGCUGGGCGGCCUCUGGCCUUCUGCUGCUGGGUGGGGGGCUGCUGUGCUGCACCUGCCCCUCUGGGGGGUCCCGGAGCUCCAGCCAUUACAUGGCCCGAUACUCAGCAUCUGCCCCACAUGCCACCUCUGGGGGUCCCUCCGAGUACCCUACUAAGAAUUACGUCUAAUUGGGGAGGGGAGUGGGGGCUCCCUUGACAGUGGAGCCUAACCCUGAGCUGGAGUCAUCGAGAGGGUGAUCCAUGACAGCUUUGGGGUUGUUUUAUCUUUUGGUUUUGCUUUUUAUUUUGGGGGGUGGUAUUUUUUAAGUCUGUUUGAUAACCCAACCAAGAAGAAACUCAGUUUUGCCUCUGGGCUCUGCUGCUGGCAUUUCUCACCUCUGGGUGAUGGAACCAAAUCUCUGGAUCGUUCUCCACCCUGGACAUACCCAUCUGGGAGGCCAGCCUGGAGCUGUGGGUCCAGUGUGAAGGCUGCUUGCUGUCCAGGGGCUGUCAGCCUGUCCCCGAGAGUUCCUACUGCUGCCGGGGCAGGGCCUCCCUUGCUGGUCAGGCCUCUAGAACCGCCGGGGCUCUUGAGCCUCCAGUAGCCUCUAGGAGAGCAGGUAAUAAGUUACAAGGAAUGCCCACCUCCAAGUCUCUUGGCCUCUGGCUCCUCCAUCCUGAGUCUGGUCCCAGCUGUGCAGUAGACCCCUGACCCUCUCCCCCGUAGCCCCUGUACACUCUGCCAUGCCCUGC